UUAUAAUACAAUGUUUCAUUAACCUUUAUGAUGAAAGAAUUAUUAAUGAUGCACAAAUGGUUAUACUUUAUUAUUAUUUUAUCCCGGUACAAAGUUCUUGCUACGAUGGAUGUUAAUUUGGACGAACUGAAAUAUUUAGCUGCAAGGCUUAACCCUUUCGAGUGUCGACGUCUAAUAGCCGCACUUCAUUACACCACUUACGAAUUGCCGAAUACGCUAGCAGCAGCUGAACGGAACGUAGACGAUGAGAUUCCUUGCAUCCGACAUCUGUUGCACUGGAACAGUUCUCCAGCAGAAGGGAAGGGCAAAACCCAUGAAGCUAUUGCACACAGAUUACGUCAAAUAAAUCGAUCUGAUCUAGCGGAUUGGUUAAGUAAAUCUGCAUUUAUGCAAUUAGGAAAGGAUCUGGGUAGAGCAGUGGUGAAGGCGUUUGAUGAACUUAGUAAAGAGGAAACGGAACCUUCUCAUCCAGUAACGCUGGAACCAAUUCAAACUUAUCGAGAAGAAGAAGAUCCUUGGGUACAAAUUGAUACCGUUCUGAUGGCAAUUUUAUUAGGAUUAUUAGGAACAUUAUUAACAUUAAUAUGCGCUACGAUUUUUAAAAAAAUAAGAGACCACUUACGUAAAAAUAAGUACAAAAAGUUGGCCCAAAAAGAAACACAAAAUGAAGAAGCAAAAAUGGAAGAGAAAAGAAUAAAAUACGUUACUGAAAGCAGCUCAGGAAUCACUGAUAAUGUCCAUCCGGAUAGCGAAACGGAGACGGAUUUUAAUUAAAAAUUAUAUAAUUUCAUUUGGAUUUUAGGAUAGAUA